GCCAAGAAAAUUUCACAAGAAAUAUCUAAAUUCAUAGGGGUGAGACCGUUCUCCUUUAAAUGAAUUUUCUCCACACACACCCUGUCUUUUGCAUCUUACUAGAGCAUUGAUUUUUGACUCGUAGGGUGUAAUUAUCCGGGAUGCGGGCCUAUGGUGAGCAAGUGGGGGUGGGAGUCCUGUUGCAUGGUUACUCAGUGCAACGGCACAUCUUUUAACCUGAAAUAGUCCUACGGUGUAUGGGUGGAGAUUUUUAAAAUUCAAGACGUAUGGAAUAUGGAAUUUAGGUUCUAAUUCUCCAGCAUUUUAAAUCCUGAUGUUGGGAGAUUUGCUAUCUGAAGAGAUUAAUAGAUUCAAAGGGUUCUAAAGGCGUGGGGCGAGGGCGAUGCAUUUAGGCGUGAAGGAGUUUUGGGGAUUAAACGGGUUAGGGUACGUUUACUUUCCCCACGUGAAAACAGCAGCACCUGAGGGGUAUUUGGGUUCUCCAAACCCCGACGCGACACUAGGUUUUUCAUGUGACGUGCCAAUUGCCAUUCAUCCUCAUGGCCGCGUCUUUUACUCUCCCAUUCGUCCAUAAAAUAUAAUGGAAGCCCAAUAAUUUAUUAUUAAUAUCCAUAAACCUUGUAUGUCAUCCACAUACCUUUUUCCGAUAAAGUAGGUUUCAUGAUGAGAAUGGGUCAGGGUUCUCGCUCGUUUCUAGUGGACGUUCGAAGGCAACUUCACCAAUCCGGAAUUCAUCCGAUUGUUUCCACCAAACAUUGUGCGGGCAUACUUUCCCGUUAGAUCGUAGACCGAAUCCUAGGUGUAACCCCACCGUUUAGGGCCCCCAUAUCGGAAAGGCAUGAUAGGGUAGAUGAAAUUAUCUAUAUUUAUUAUCAGAAUAUUUAAUAAACUUUAUAAAAUAUAUUUAGUCUAUUUUAGUGGACACAACCACUCUGAAUACAAAUUAUUUAUUAUUUGUACUGUGUCUAAGUUUCAGUAUUUUAUAAAAAUUAUUUCAUUCUUAAUAAAUUAAAAGUCACACAACCUUAUUAAUUUUGGAGGCAUAUCUUUUUGACCAAAUAAAUUUCUAUGCCUUACCUAACCCCAACCAUCUAUCAUAUCAUUCUUAACAAUCCAUUAUCAUAUAGCUUAUUCUAUAGAUCCAAUUGCUUUAUUCAUAUCGUCUAUAACAUUUUUAACAAUCAUGCCUCCUAACGGAAAUACUUUCCAAACCAAUAAGAAUAACGAAAAUGAAAAUAACAACACCGAAGAAAAAAAGAAUAAUAAAGAACGAACCUGCUCCAGGAAAUUUUGCUUUACCAUAAACACGGAUAUCGAAGAAACUUGGCAUUACCUGGAUCAACUAACCACGUACAUGGCAAGUAAAUGCAAUGGACGUAAAACCGGUCCCGUAAAAGACACAAGUCCCAUUCCACAACCUAACACUGAGACUAAUCAAACUGUAGAGGCGGUUGUUAUUUCCAACGACACAAUACCCAAACCAAACAUCUUACCAGUUCUUAAUCAAGGUGAUCAGCCAAGCCAUCCACCAAAUGCAAGAUCUCCAUCUUCAUUCACACAACCCAUCCAACCCCCUGAAUUUUCAGAAUGCCAUACCUCACACAAACGCAAACGUUCAUUGAAUGAUAAUUCAAUAGAUAACGUUUCGCCCCCUAUCAAUAUUCUUCAGAAUCGAAAUCAUCAAACUUCAUUCACUGAGGAAAAUGAUUCAUCAUCAGACAGAAUCGAAAGGGUCCCCAAAAAACGAAACAUCGAAAUACCCAAAAGUUCGAUACCAAACACUGACAAUAACCAACCACUUUACAACAAUGAAGAAAAUUCCACCAUUGCCAUCGAUCAAGAACUAACAACAACCCUAACAAAAUCCAAAAGUCUGGAUUGCCCAAACGUCAGCACCGCAAACAUCCAUUCAACACCAUUUAACUUCCCCUUCAGCGGUAACGUACACUAUUAUAGAGGCUCUAAUGGUUCCACAUAUCCGAUCCAAUACGAUAAUAUAACGGUUCUUAUAUGCGCAAAGGAAACAGCAUCCCAAACCGGCCUCAUCCAUCUACAAGGGUACAUCGAAUUUACAAACCCAAUGGGAGGCUUUCAAGAACUCAAAUUCCUACUUCAUAACAACACAGCAGAAAUUUCAGUGGCGGUCGAUACAAGGGAUGAAAAUAUUGCCAAAAUUAAAAAGAAAGAUCAAAACCCAAUUCUAUACUUUAACAAACCAAAUGCCAAUGGUUCCACAAUCGAAAGUUUUGUUCUGGGACAUGCGAAAUAUAAAGGAUUCUCUAAGGACGCCAUGAAAAAAAAUCACAUCAAAGAUUAUAUAAACGUCAGCUGGAAACCAUGGCAGCAACAUAUAGUUGAUAUGUGUGAAACAGAACCAGAUGGAAGAAAAAUAUACUGGUGUUGGGAAUCAGAGGGAUACGUCGGUAAAACAUACCUCGCUGAGUAUCUAAUACUUAAAUAUGACGGUAUAAUACACUCUAGAAGUUUGCCAAAGACAGCCUCCAGUAUUCAAAAGAUGGCAAAGAAAGGAAAAUGGCCUAAAGUCAUCAUUUGCGACCUACCAAGGCAAUAUAUCCGUGACGGAUGGCACGGUUACAUGGAUCUGGAGAAACUCAACAAGAAAAUUGUGAUGUGCUCCAGACCUAGUUGCCACAUCAUCUACAAACCGUUCUGUCACAUAAUUGUUUUUGCCCAUACACAACCUAAUAAGGUGUAUAGGCGUAGCGAAAAAUGGAAUAUCAUUAAAAUCGACGAAUUUGAGAAUGAUAUCCACACUAUUUAA